ACAUCUCCUCAGACCAUGUUCCGGGGCCCCAGGUUUUGGCUCCUCUGAAGUUCUCCCUCCCUCAUGUGGUGGUCAGCUUUGGGCCGGCGGGUCAGCUGAUCCGGGUCACUCCGGGCCUCUCCACCCAGGAGAAUGUCAGCCAGCUGGAGAUCCACAGUCUGGAGGUCAUUCUGGGUGAGACCGAGGAACAGCAGGACAUGAGGAACUUCCCAGGGCCUUUAUCCAGGGAAGACCUGCACAAAGUGGAUGCGAUGGAGUUUGCCCAGCAGAGGGCGGCUGCCUGUCUGAGUGGGGGGGGGCUGCAGGACCGGAGCUCUGCUGCCCUACUGUGGAACCUGCUCAUCCUGCUCUGCAGACAGAAUGGACAAAUAGUUGGCUCAGACAUUGCCGAGCUGCUGGUGCAGGGCUCAAAUUCAGACGGAAGCUGCAAGACUGACACCCCCACCCUCAUCGACUUCAGUGAGGGCGCGGGUCCAGCUGAAGCCCCCUCCCUCUUCGGAGACGACCUGCUCACCGGAGGCAGCAGCUCUGAGGGCUGUCGGGGGGCUCUGCAGGGCUACACCCAGCUGCUGCUGGCCGGGAGGAAGAAGGUGUUCUUAUAG